CAAAUAUUCUGUGGUAUUUGUAAAAAUUAUCAAUAAUUACGUCCUACAUUGAUACUCUGAUGUAGUUUUCCUCAUUUAAUACUAUUAAAAUUUAUUUCAAACACAUAUUAAUUACCCCGAAGAAAGAACAAAAUGCAAAAAAUACUACCUCCACUAUCAAAUAGCUGCGUAACUUAAGAGCUUAGUGUUUAUCAGCGUGAAACAUUCCAAUUGAAAUGUUUUUGUCGAAGACUAUAAUCAUGGGCCUGUUACAUGAGAGAAGGUUGUUGUUAAUCCUAAUUAUAGCUUUCAGUCAUAAAAUCCAGAAAAUAAAUGGCCUCAAGUGCUAUUGCAAUGUUGAAAGUUCGAGCUGUCCAAACUCAACAUGUGAAACUGAUGGAUUUUGUUAUGCUUCCACGAUGAUUGAACAUGGAAUUCAAAAGUAUACCUACCAAGAGGUGGCCUUAAACUGUUUGAAAGGCAAAGCCUUCCCACCUGUCUAUCCAAUGAUAUGCAGAGGUUCAAGAAAUUAUUGCUGUACAAAAGAUUUCUGCAAUUCUGAUGAGAUUUACCGAGAAAUAUAUUCAAAAGUACUCCAUGAUUCAACGGCAACAGAGACAUCAGCAACAGCAUGGCAAGUAAUACCUUGGAUAAUGGGUCUUACGGUGCUUGGAAUAUGUGGAGCAAUCAGCGUUUGGUUGAUUAAGAGACCUGCUCGGAAGGGCCACUCGUUGCCCCCAUACACUGCCGAAGAUUCCUAUUGUGACUCCCGUCAUCCAAUGAUCAAAACAACCAUUCGGGAUAUGAUCGAACUAACGACGUCUGGAUCCGGUUCAGGCCUACCGCUAUUAGUUCAGCGCUCGAUCGCAAGGCAGAUUCAAUUGAUGGAUAUAAUAGGUAAAGGUCGGUUUGGUGAGGUCUGGCGCGGACGAUGGCGUGGGGAAAACGUUGCUGUUAAGAUUUUCUCUUCAAGAGAAGAAUGCUCUUGGUUUCGUGAAGCAGAAAUUUACCAGACGGUUAUGUUGCGUCACGAGAACAUUCUCGGAUUCAUAGCAGCUGAUAAUAAAGACAAUGGCACUUGGACUCAACUGUGGUUGAUAACUGACUAUCAUGAGAAUGGUUCGCUGUUUGACUUUCUAACUCUGCGGACCAUUGACUCCAACACACUAGUAACUAUGGCUCUAUCUAUUGCAACUGGACUAGCCCAUCUACACAUGGACAUCGUUGGAACGAAAGGCAAGCCAGCGAUCGCUCAUCGUGAUUUGAAAUCGAAAAAUAUUUUAGUGAAAAGUAAUCUAUCUUGCGUAAUCGGAGAUUUGGGGCUGGCUGUACGACAUAAUGUGGCCAGUGAUUCGGUAGAUGUCCCAUCGACUAAUCGGGUCGGCACAAAACGCUACAUGGCGCCUGAGGUCUUGGACGAGAGUAUGGACGCACGUCAAUUCGAUCCUUACAAGCGCUCGGACGUGUAUUCUUUCGGGUUGGUUGUAUGGGAAAUGGCGCGUCGCUGUGGCAGUAUGCCUGAAGAAUAUCAACCACCAUAUUAUGACUGUGUUUCGCCCGAUCCAGCUUUGGAAGAUAUGAGACGAGUGGUCUGCAUUGAAAAGAGACGACCAAGUGUGCCUAAUCGAUGGCACUCGGAUCCGGUCUUGUCCGCAAUAUCUAAAGUCAUGAAAGAGUGUUGGUACCAAAACCCAGCUGCUCGUUUGACAGCCCUCAGAAUAAAGAAAACAUUAGCAAACAUCGGUACGGCUGACCAUAUCAAACUGUAGACAUAUUGUCGGGACGAUAAUUUUUAUUCGAGUCCAACUUUCUAACCGUCCGAUCACAUUUGUAAGUCAGCUUUCACACAGUCUAAUAUAUUUUACGGUGAUUUCACUGUUAUUGCAAUCGGAUCGAAACAAUAUUAUAUUCCCCAAUAAUAGGACCUUCAAUAAUACUGACCAUUGUGUAAGUUAGAUUAGGUGUAUCCAAGCAAUACAUAAUUAGUGGCUUUUAUUCAAUAUAGAAUGAUAUGUGAUUUCUAUAUUAUUUAUCUUAUCCAUAAUGGGUAGCUUAUCACACUGUUAUGUACAAAAAAUAUUAAAACCGUUUUCGGCGCUUUACGCAAAACGUAAUUUUUAGAUUUGAUAGAUUCUAUCAGCUUUAUAUUCUGUAAAUAAGUAAUAGGUGCUUCUGUUGAUAUUAGUUGUACAACUUUUAAUAUUGUUAAUUGAUGGUUGACAUGUAUUAUUGGAGGACUUUAAUUAACAAUUAAGCUUCGAAGUCCACCCUUUCAUUCAUUUCUAGAUAAAAGCUGCUAUUAGACAAAAAAUAUACUCACAGUUAGACUUAUUCUUACUGACAGGGUAAAAUAUUAAAAAAAAGUUCAAAAUAAGUAAACAGGAGUUGUGAUACUUAAUAGAAAUUGUUAGUGUUUUGACCACAUUUAGAUUGACGUUAAGUAAUAUGAGAGAGUGGAUUUCGACGCUAACAAGCUCGAAUGGUCCGCCUUGUCGUCUCUCCUUAUCCUACCUCUUAGAUUAUAAUCGAAUAAUAUCACGAGCCCGUUUCAUUCUCUUCGCUUAGUGUGCUAGCAGUUUCAAAAUAAUUUUCCAGUUUUAUAUAUAGAAAAGGUGGCAAACGGCUCACCUGAUGUUUAGUGAUUCCGCGGCCCAUGGACAACAAUUCCAGAAGGCUUGUAAAUACGUUCACAGUCUUAAGAAUAAACAGAAAAUAAAUUGAUUCAUAAUGAGUUUGACAGUCGCUUAAAUUUUUCUUUAUAUACAAUGUUGCCAUAUAAAAUGGUGUACAUUAUAAGUUAAGAAGAAAUUUAAAACAAUUGCAUUUUUUAUUGUUUCUUCCGAUUAUGACUUAGAAGAGUUAACAUAAAACGGGCUUAAGAAGGAGCAUUUAUUAUAUUAACAUGUUGUGUAAUGAACUUUACGUUAUAGUGAUAUUUUUUUGUUACCAUGGGUAGUUUUUGAUUCCAUUUAUUCAUAAUAGUAUAAUUAAGUUUCGUGUAAAAUAACAUAUGCUUUCGCAUUCAUUCAUCGAUAUACCUGUUUGGUUAGUAAGGGUUUGUUAUAGAAGAAAGCAACCGCAAGCGAGAAGUUCAGAAACAAGCAAUUAUACGUUUUAUUAGGUUUUAUGAUUAAAUUAUUGGUGAGUUAGAAUAAUGCGGUAGCUAUAUAUCGUUAACACCGCAAAUACGAAAAUUCGAUGGCAAUAUUGGCAUUAAUUUAAAGCCUUUUUUUCGAAAGUCUUUUAUCUAUGUUUUGUUUAAAAAUUAGGUGUAGGACUUAGUAAAAAGAGUUCUUGUACCUUUUUAUUGUUAAUUAGUGAUCUAAUUAAUAUUAAUUAUAAUCAGCUUCAUGAGAUAAUUCAAAUUCUAUUGAUAAUCACGUAAUCAGUGAUGGAGGUAAAGUGGAGAUUAUAUUUAUCUAUUUCUUUAAAACAAAAACAAGCCAAUAUAUAUUACAUUUUAAAAUUUAUUUUCUGAAUACUCUCCUAUGCAUUAAAACGUCAAAGUUUUCAAUUAACGUUAUUAAAGAAAAAUUGUAAUAGAAAACAUAAUAUAAUCUCCUAUUUCCCAGGUUUAUAUUUGAAAUACAUAUUUAUCAUAACGUUAUGGCGUGUUAAAUUAAUAAAGACUUAAAAUUAAAUCAUAGGUCAUAUCUUUACCUUAUUUUUUAAUAUGUAAUUGUCACAUUUAGGGUUAAAAUUUGCAAUUUUGUAAUAAGAAUAUAUUAAGUAGAUAGUUCUAAGCAUAAUUUAAUUAAGUUUUAUACAUAGUUGUCGAACCAUACAUUAAUCAAACAUUUUUUUACUUUACAUUUGCCCUCUUUCAUAUAAUAAGUAUAUCUUGAUGCAAAAAUUUUCCAGCGUAAAGGUGAAGGGUAUUCAGGAUAUCCUUGAGCGUUAAAAUAUGUAACAACGUAGUAGGAAAGCCGGGUCCAGAUAAACAAGAAUAAUUGAAUGCAUCUUCGUUGCAGUACAGCGCAUAAUCUUGUUUUAUCCAGAUUUGUCAUUUGUUGUUGGUUUUAUAAUUUGUAUAUAUCAUGUAUCUUAUUCGUUUUAAGAUAUUUUACUUAUUGAAGUACGUCUUAAUUAUAACUUUUAGCCACAUUUUAUAAGCUUUUUAUAACUCGUUUAGUAUUUUUGUAAUAAUUAUAAAGAAGUAAGCGGCUAGUUUUAUUGCAUACAUAUUUAUUUAUAUCAAUCAUGUGUAUUAGUAAACGUAGAUUUUGCGUGCUUUACAAUAGCCAUGUAUACAAAUAAUUCGGUACGGAUUUGGUAGAAUCUGCUCCACCAUAAAUACUGAUUUUUCAUGUACUGCAGUAAAUAUUGUCAUAUUUUUAUAUACUACGUUGUUCUAGUGCAAUAGAAACAAAAUCGUGCAAUAAUCUUUGUUAGCUUAUAGGCAAAAUAUUCAAAAGGAAUUGUUCAUAAUUGUUAAAUUUCAAUUACAUAAUAUUUAUGUACAUAGUGCGUUAUUAUACGAUCUGUGAAAAAAAAAACAUUUACAUUGCAAUAUAUAGAUAGACUGACUAGAUACAGCUAACAUGACUUGAUAAAAGAAAUCGAUUUUCGUACAGUUCGAUGAAGUCUUAUGCUUAUGAAUUGAAGAUAGCAAAUUAAACUGCAGCAAAUUGGGCUUUGGACGCUGUACAGAAAAACUAAUAAACUCGCUACUAAAAGUCCUCGCUGAAAUAACGAAAUAAUCUUCCAGAUAAGACUGUAAAGUGUGUACAGACAUGAAAAAUAUUUAAAUUUGAAGAUUUUUAGAUUCACGCUUUAACAGCGCUUGAUUUGAUAUUUUUAUAAAGAAGUUAAGAAUUAUAUCUAAAUUUUAUAUGAACACAAAAUUUUACCUGAGUAAGCAAUACUAAUAAGUGAUAAUUUUCACCGUGUCUUGAAAAAGUUAAACAAAUACUAAGUACCUAUAUUAAAUUUAUAUUUUAAUUAAGGUAGUUGCGUAGAUUGUAGUAUUUAUAUGAUAAAAGUUUUAUACCUUUUUGAGCAGUUUUCGGUUAUGUAAUUUUUACAUUUGUAAAUACCGCAAAAUUAAUUUUGCGAUACCAUAAAGUUUGUGAUCGCAGAAGCUUGAGUCAUUUGUCGCUUAAUAUAAUUAAUGUAUUAUUUUUAUGUAAUUAAGAAGUUAUUUGUUCAUAAAUAUCAAUUGCAUUUGUAACUCAAAAUAUGACAGGUAUUUGUAAUAAAAUGAGAAAUGUGGUGCAAUUGAAAUUUUGCAAGUCAUUGCUAACAAAUACAAUUUCAGUACCGCUAAUUCUCAGAAACCGACAUAAAUUGUGUAUAUUAUUUUAUAAGAACUAUAUUUUGUGUCAGGUAUAACUAUAAGUGAUAAUUAAGUUUCGUUUUAUUAAAUAAUAGUGAAUUAGUUUUUUCAGUACAUUGUGUAUUGUAAUUUUAUCCUGAAGACAGUAAUUUUGAAAACUGUUGUUUAUAUUAUUGUAUAAUAUAGUUCUUGGAAUUAUAAUUUAGUAGAGCACUCUUCAUAAAGACAAUGGCGACCCAGUUUUUUAGAUUUGCUUGACGUAAAUGAUAUUGAUAAAUCAACCUCAAAAUUUAUUGUGCAAGAAUAACUCAUUUAAUUAUACAUUCAGUAUAACAUCUGACUAAAGAACAUUAAAUUUUGAGUUCAUAUUUGAAGUGGUUGCAAUAAAUUUGUUUGUAAAUGUUAGACAAGUAAUACCAAGAAAGUACAAGGUGACAGCAAUAAUUAUGCGUGAAAAAUUAAUGCACCAUAUCACAUGUUCAUAAGGAAUCCAUUGAUUCAGAAUAACUGAUUGUUAUGUGUACAUAAUAUAAAAUUAUGUUCUUAUUGUUUAUGGAGUGGUUUUAAUUAAAUAGACAAGUGUUUUUAUAAA